AAUAUACUGUUUGUCAAAUAGAGAUAAAGAAUGAUUAAAUCAUUCUUCAAGUUAAAUAUUAAUUCUGUAAAUUAGUGAGUAAUGAAUGUUUGUAUAUGGUACGUCAUAUUUGAUUAGGAAUUAGUGACCAAAUAUAUAUGUAUUAUACUCAUUUACAGAUAAACCAGUAAACUAAUUGUAGAUUAUAUCAAUAAACAUAGUUUUAUUAAUAAACGAAGUGAUCAACAAAAAUAUUUUUAAAUCCUGUUAUGAAAAUCAGCUAGAAAUGCUGCCACCCCUUAAACAGCAAAUUUGAGCAUUCUUAUCUUAUCUCAACUACCUUUGGACCCUUUACCACUUCAGUUCACGAAACAACAGUUUCAAAUAAGCCUUCACUAACAAAGUUAAGUUUAGUAAAUUAUAAAGCCGCCAUAUUGGAUUUACAGUUACAAAAUGGCACCCCCACCAGAGAGGGUGAUGUUCCUCAUAGGAUUUGGAUUAUCUUGCGCUGCAGUCGUGUGUAACAUUAUCGGCUUCUCUAGCCCAUUCUGGUUCCAGUCUUACCCCUCUGCCCAUAGCACAUUCAGGAGUAUAGGGCUGUGGCAAGCAUGUUUUCAGAACUUCCAGCAUCCAGCCGAUUACAUUGGGAAGCUUUAUACAGGAUGUUGGUGGAUCUUCCACACUGAAUACUGGAAUAUGCGCGACUGGCUCCUGCCACCGUUUUGCUCACCGUAUUGGUUUCAAUCAUGGCCAAGAGUACACAGUGAAUUCAAAAGAAUUGGACUUUGGGAGGCUUGUUUUGCCGGAUUUAUUCACCCAAGAGAUGAAUUAGGAAAAGCCUAUCAUGGCUGUUGGUGGACCUUCUCAAAAGAAUACUGGAAUAUCAGGGAUUGGUUACUUCCCCCCUGGUUUAUCUCCGUACAAGUGAUGGUGACAGGAACUUUGAUCUGCCAACUGGUCGGAGCAAUAUUAUUAGUAGCGUAUUUCCUCAGAUGUUGCCGACCACAGACGGAAGCUUUUGCUCUGUUUGUUUCCGCUGGGCUCCAGUUUGUAUGUGCUUUUCUGAUGGGAGUAUCUGUGCUGGUGUUUGGUGUUAUGGCAAAGGAGGACAGAACAUGGAUGCCCCGACCUGAACUGAACUAUAUGUCCUGGAGCUAUGGACUUGCUGUGUUAUCAGCCUUCUUUGCAUUCUUCUCGGGGCUGGCAUUGGCAGUACAAGGAAUGAUAGUGAAAGAGAGAGCUCUUGAGAAGGAGGGUCAUGAAAUGGCACCUCUGCCACCCAAGAUCUAAUAUUUCCGUCAUCUAUUGCUUAUAAACAAUUUAGCUUUUGUAACAUUCCAUUUUUCAUAUAACAAGACAUUCCUAAUGUUGAAGUGAACUGUGUCUACUUGCUUGUAAUUUAUAUCAAUUUGGUUAUUUCAAACAUUUGAAAAAGACAGGAUUUG